AUGCCCAUGUUCCAAGAUCACUUGGAGGAGGAGGCUUCCCAAGCGCCACCUCCUCCUCCAAAUGCAAAUCCAAACAACAAACCUUCCCGGCCAAUUGCGAUCCCUUCGUCUGACAACCUCCUGGCAAGGAAAGUCUCAGAAGAGAGCGUCCGGACGGACCUGUGUGAGGGCCCUAUUCCAGAUAGCCCAGUUCCCAGGACGCCUGAGAGGGACAUGGCCAAUGCUUGCUCGGAUCGAGCUGAGUUGAUCGAGAGGCUGAAAAGGGGUGAGAGCCCAACGUGGGUCCCCAAUAGACAUCUCGAGUCACUCUUCCAACGUGGAGGUCCGUUAUCGCCCACAAGGAGUCCUAGGCCGUCUUCUAAGGGCUCCCCCACGCUGCUACCACCGGCAGAUAUCACUCCUGAAAAGGAUGCUCCAAAGAGAGCAGACCAGGCUGAACUUGAGGCUGCUGAGCAGCUGCAGAAUGGACUUGAUAUCGAGCGUCCGAGGUCUGCCCUGCACAGCGGUGACUUCACACUGCCUGGAACGCCUUCGGAACGGACCAUUCAUGCUCAGGAGUCUAGUCUGAGUUCUGCUCCCAAACCUUUCCCUGCAAACAACGAUCCAUGGCUUUCAACAUCACCCCCACGCCACUUUACCCCUUUCGCCUUCGACAGAAGGACUGCCUUCACUCCCAGGUCCGAGGAAACGAGAUCUGCUCUUUCGUCUCUUUCUUCCUCCCUCUCCUCCAGCUUUGUAUACAAACCUCCGACAAGUCCCUUGGUGCAGUCAGAGAGCAACGAGGAUCUCGAACUAUCACUGCCCCUGAACAACAUCGAUCUCACACCCAAGAGUGUCCGAAGACACAUAGUGACUCAUCAUUCCCCAUCUCCGUCUUUUCACCUCUCACAGCAGCGUCAUGUCUCAGGGCUUCGCAGAGACGCCGCCUUCCCUUAUCAAGCUCAUCAACCCCGACGGUCCCUAACAUCCACGCCCAAUUUCUCGCCGGCCACCUCUGCACCUCAGACGCCGUCUCUCCGCUCUCGGAGGCCAUCUUUAAGCACCGAGAACUCACCCCUGCAACAUGCCUCCAUGGUUGGCUCAUACGAGGAGAGCAUCCUCAGAGGCCGCAUGUCCACGACGCCGUCCAAGCCACUCGAUUUCAUGGCCCAAAUAGGCGUGCUCGGCCUCGGAAAAUGCAAGGCGAGCCUUCGGUGCCCAGCUCAUGUAACAUUGCCUUUCUCUGCCGUCUUCUAUAGCUACUCCAACACUCCUCAUGGUCGCUCGAAGGCGGAGGACGGCCCGAGCCCCUACGUUGGUCAGGUCGACCUGGAAAACGGCCUGCCCAACCUAGAAGAGGACCUGCGUGCUCGGCGGAAACAGCAGAGUCGAAAUUCUGCAAGAAGGGCGAGAGAGGAUGAGAUGGAGAUGGACGGUGUCCCUCAGAACACCUCUGACCGCGAAAGUUCCAAGACGACGAGGCCGAAACGAAGAUCGGGCUCUCCGAGAGCUCCUCCUGGCGGUGCGUAUCGCAUUCCGGAAAAGGGCCAGCUGCAGAUCAUCAUCAAGAACCAGAACAAGACUGCAGUCAAGCUCUUCCUGAUCCCGUAUGACCUAGCGGGCAUGGAGCCCGGAACCAAGACGUUUAUUCGGCAGCGUAGCUACUCUGCCGGCCCCAUCAUCGACAGCGUCCCGGAAAUCAAAGACUCUGUCCCCAGCGACCGGCCUAUCCUGCGCUACCUGAUCCAUCUGCACAUCUGCUGCCCCUCCAAGGGGCGUUUCUAUCUCUACAAAAACAUCCGCGUCGUCUUUGCCAACCGGGUGCCGGACGGCAAGGAAAAGCUCCGCAACGAGCUCACCUUUCCCGAACCUAGGUUCACCCCGUACAAGCCCAUCCGCGUGAUGCAUCCCCCUACCAGCCAGACCACGGGGCCGGGGGCGAUGCUCGCCGUGGAGAAGGCAUACCGCAGGCGCAGCUCGGGCUGGUCCUUUGGCAACCACAACCCGGGCUUUGACCCCUUUGAUGCCCUGUCGCCGCCUGUGCCCAGCACCAGCAGCAGCAAGAGGAUGAGCUAUCACGACUCGUCGUCCCCCUUCCAGGCUGUCGGCAGCAACGCACCGGUGGAAGCGUGCCCUCUGGGCCUCAUCAGGGCCAGUGACGGCGAUUAUGCGAGCGAGAGCACAGCCUCGCACCCGAGCCGGCCUGCGACCAAGGACUCGAACGCUACGACAGAGUCCGGGUUGUCGAUGUCUGGUCCUUCCGCCGCCGCCGCCGGGUCGUGGGAGGACGUUGCCAGCCGGUACAACAAGCUCAGCAAGGGUGACCUGGGCUACGGCGGGAACAUGUUUGCUUCUAGCGGCCUGGGGAGCGGCGCAUCCCCCGGCGGCGUGGCUGAGGGCCUCCUCUCGCAGAGACUGCGGUCACUGGGCGUGCAGCCGCAGGAGCAGGGUUCAGGCUCGCCGGGCGAAGAGCUAGGCGAUUCUACGAGGAUGCAAGACUGA